GUCCCGUGGCGCAUGCGCAGUAGCUCCGGCACCGCCGAGGCUCGGGGAGUUGCGGAGCGGCGUGCGGGUCGGCGGUGGUGCGCGGCCGGCGGUGCUCGGCUACUCGCACGGCGACCGCCGGGCGGGCGGCAGCGAUUUGAUAUUUGCAAGUUUUGUGCCUUGACAGUGAUCACCAUGGACAGUGUAUUCUUAACAGAGGACAAAGCCAAUUCUGUGUAUAAAAGAUACCGAAGAGCCAACAAAUUUUUGGAAGAAUUAAAGCAAGGUGAUAUAGAGCAUGAAUGCAGAGAAGAAAUUUGUACCUAUGAAGAAGCAAGAGAAGCAUUUGAAAAUGAGGAAAAGACGAAGGAGUUCUGGAAAGUCUACAAAAAUGGACUUCAGGGAGAAAGUAACACAGGACAUAGCUGGUAUUCAUUUUACCUCGCAUUUCCUUUAAUCAUUGGCCUUUUUGUUAUCCUCAUUGUCAUCUUUGUCAUAUGGAGAUGCCUGUUUAAAAAGAAAACGCGUAGACAGUCGGUGUACGCACACAGGGGAGCCCACGAAGCAAUAGGUGAUGGUGCUGUGUCUGAUGGCAGAGGUUCGCUCCCGCAGCCUCUCAGCAUUGUUCAUUCCCCACAGGAGGAAAUGUUUGAAGUCAGUGGGCUCUCUCCAGGAGGUCUGAGCUAUGCGGAUACACGAUCAGACUCAAUAUCCACAAGGCUGUCAAACUGUGAUCCUCCUCCUUCAUACGAGGAAGCCACUGGUGAAAUCAAUGUGAGAAGAAAUGAAGCUGAACAACAUUUAGAUCCACCCCCACAAUAUGAAGACAUUAUGAAUUCUAGUUCAGCCAAUGCAAUUGCACUAUCUCCUAUUACCACCAGUACUAAGUAAAACAGGAAGAAUGCUUCUGGACUUCAAGAAAAAACAAACA